AUGUAUUUGUGGCUCAAGCUUCUGGCCUUUGGCUUUGCCCUUCUGGACACAGAAGUCUUUGUUUCAGGGCAAGCAACAGUAACAACCAGCGAUGGUUUUAUAUCCACGCUGCUGCCUCACCUGUCCCCACAGCCCGACUCGCAGACACCCUCUGCCAGAGGAGCUGACACUCAGACACUCAGCAGCCAAGCUGACCUCAUCACACUCAGGCCUACUCUUGGCAGGACUGACCCACCAGGUGGGCCAGGGACUGUCCCAGGGAACUUUUCUGCAGACACAAUCCUUCCUGUUGACACCCGCAGUCUUGCACGCAACAGCUCUGCUGUCUCACCUACACACACCUCCAAUGUCAGCACCACAGGUAUCUCCUCAGGUGCCAGCUUCACAACCCCUAUACCAUCCACUCUGGGCAUUACAAGCAUUGACACUCCAAGCACAACAAUAGCUACUACAACGAAGCCACCAUGUGAUAAAGUAUUUGAAAACGUUACUGUGCAUUACAUCUAUGAAGAUAGUAGUCACACUUUUAAGGCAGGACUUAAAAGAAGUAAUGAAAACCUUACGUGUGAUUGUGAAAAAGAGUUAGAAAAUCUACAAGGAUGCUCACUGAAAAACGUUUCUCUGUCUAAUGGCACAUGUACUUCAAAUAAAAUUAUACAAUUAGAUGUACCACCAGUGAUUGACAACUUUACGCUAAAUGACUGCACAUCACCAGAAGAAUCUAAUACUUCAAUUUGUUUGGAGUGGGAAAUAAAAGACAGCUGUGACAGUAAAAAAAUUUCAUAUGAAAUCCACUGUGAGUCAGAUAAUCCAAAAUACAGCAGACCUAAUCCACCCAGACGUCAAGGAAGACUUCAGUUACACAACCUUAGUGCCCAUACAAAUUACACAUGUACUACAGAAUUCUCCUAUAACAAUGUAAAAUAUUUCCAAAAUGAUACAACAGUGCAGACCGAUUUUGGAACUCCAGAGAAGCCUAGGUCUGUUUCGUGUGGGAAUUCAACUGAGAAUACGACAUUAGUCUCCUGGCGUAAGCCUACAUCCAUACUCGAUGGAUAUUUUUUAUGCUAUAAGUCUGAUCCAGAAAAAUGUGAAAAGUUGUCUAGUGAUAAGAACAAUUUUAAGGUGAAAAACCUGAACCCUUUUGAAGACUAUGGAGUGUCUCUAUUUGCCUAUGUCAUUGGGAAGAUACUACGAAAUGGGACUGCUGAGAUAUGCAACUUUAAGACAAAAGCAGCUCCUCCAAGCAAGGUCAAUGGAAUGAAAACCUUCCGGACAACAGAUAAUAGUAUAAGUGUCACAUGUGAUCCUCCUUAUAAAAUUAAUGGCCCUAACAAGUCUUACAUUUUGGAAGUCAAAAGUGGAGGUACUUUAGUUAAAAGCGAAACACGGCCAACAUGUAAAUUUCAUGUAGAUAAUCUCUACUAUUCAACUAACUAUGAGUUUCUGGUCUAUUUUGACAAUGGAAAGUACCGGGGAGAGCCAGUUAUCAAAAAUGAUUCAACAUCUUAUAAUGCUAAAGCAUUGAUUAUAUUCCUGGUGUUUCUGAUUAUUGUGACAUCAAUAGCCCUGCUUGUUGUUUUGUAUAAAAUCUAUGAACUGCGUAAGAAAAGAUCCAGUAAUUUAGAUGAACAACAGGAACUUGUUGAAAGGGAUGAUGAAAAGCAGUUGAUGGAUGUGGAGCCCAUUCAUUCUGACAUUUUGUUGGAAACAUAUAAAAGAAAGAUUGCUGAUGAGGGUAGACUGUUCCUGGCUGAAUUUCAGAGCAUUCCACGGGUAUUCAGCAAGUUUUCCAUCAAAGAUGCCCGAAAGGCCCAUAACCAGAAUAAAAACCGUUAUGUUGACAUUCUUCCCUAUGAUUAUAACCGUGUUGAACUCUCUGAAAUAAAUGGAGAUGCAGGGUCCACCUACAUAAAUGCCAGCUACAUUGAUGGUUUCAAAGAACCCAGGAAAUACAUUGCUGCACAAGGGCCCCGGGAUGAGACAAUUGAUGACUUCUGGAGGAUGAUCUGGGAGCAAAAGGCCACAGUUAUUGUCAUGGUCACACGGUGUGAAGAAGGGAACAGGAACAAGUGUGCAGAAUAUUGGCCAAGUAUGGAGGAAGGCACUCGGGCUUUCAGAGAUGUUGUUGUGACAAUCAAUGACCACAAACGAUGUCCUGAUUACAUCAUCCAGAAGCUGAACAUAGCACAUAAAAAAGAAAAAGCAACUGGAAGAGAAGUGACUCAUAUUCAAUUCACCAGCUGGCCAGACCAUGGUGUUCCUGAAGACCCUCACCUACUCCUCAAACUUCGACGGAGAGUUAAUGCUUUUAGCAACUUCUUCAGUGGUCCCAUUGUGGUGCACUGCAGUGCUGGUGUUGGGCGUACAGGCACCUACAUUGGAAUUGAUGCCAUGCUGGAAGGCCUGGAAGCAGAGGGCAAAGUGGAUGUCUAUGGUUAUGUUGUCAAGCUAAGGCGACAGAGGUGUUUGAUGGUGCAAGUGGAGGCACAGUACAUCCUGAUCCAUCAGGCUUUAGUGGAAUACAAUCAGUUUGGGGAAACAGAAGUGAACUUGUCUGAGUUACACUCAUAUCUACAGAACAUGAAGAAGAGAGAUCCACCCAGUGACCCCUCUCCUCUGGAGGCUGAAUACCAGAGACUUCCUUCAUAUAGGAGCUGGAGGACACAGCACAUUGGAAAUCAAGAAGAAAAUAAAAAGAAAAACAGGAAUUCUAAUGUCAUUCCAUAUGACUUUAACAGAGUGCCACUUAAGCAUGAACUGGAGAUGAGCAAAGAGAGUGAGCCUGAAUCAGACGAGUCUUCAGAUGAUGAUAGUGACUCGGAAGAAACCAGCAAAUACAUUAAUGCAUCAUUUGUGAUGAGUUACUGGAAACCAGAAAUGAUGAUUGCUGCUCAGGGGCCACUAAAAGAAACUAUUGGUGACUUUUGGCAGAUGAUAUUCCAAAGAAAAGUCAAGGUUAUUGUGAUGUUGACAGAGUUAAUGAAUGGAGACCAGGAAGUCUGUGCUCAGUACUGGGGAGAAGAAAAGCAGUCUUAUGGAGACAUGGAAGUGGAGCUGAAAGACACAAACAAAUCCUCAGCCUACACGCUCCGAAAAUUUGAACUGAGACAUUCCAAGAGGAAGGAGCCCAGAACUGUGUACCAAUACCAGUGUACCACAUGGAAAGGGGAAGAACUCCCCGCAGAACCCAAAGAACUGGUGUCUAUGAUUCAGAACCUCAAACAGAAGCUUCCCAAGAGUCCCCCAGAAGGCAUGAAGUAUCACAAACAUGCACCAAUCCUCAUCCACUGCAGAGAUGGAUCCCAGCAGACAGGGCUUUUCUGUGCCUUGUUCAAUCUCCUGGAAAGUGCAGAAACAGAAGAUGUGGUUGAUGUUUUUCAAGUGGUAAAGUCUCUGCGCAAAGCAAGGCCAGGCAUGGUUGGCAGCUUUGAGCAAUACCAGUUCCUCUAUGACAUCAUUGCCAGCAUCUAUCCAGCCCAGAAUGGACAAGUGAAGAAAACAAACAGCCAAGACAAAAUUGAAUUUCAUAAUGAAGUGGAUGGAGCCAAGCAGGAUGCUAACUGUGUCCAUCCAGCUGGUCCUCUGAACAAAGCCCAGGAAGAAAAGAGAGAGGUUGGAGCUUCGGAACCUGCCAAUGCUGAGGAGGCAGAACAUGCUGCAAAUGGUCCUGCAAGCCCAGCUCUAACCCAGACUUCAUAGGAAAGAAUUCAAGUGGGACAACACAAAAUUUCAAAUUAAUUGUUUCUAUUUUUCUAGACCUAAUGAAAGAAAAUGGUUGUGCAGUGGUUCAUGGAAUCUGUGUUCGCCUUUGCCACUGUAUAAAACAUAUUUAAGUUUGUCAAAACAUUGUGUACAGUUUUAUGCUUAUUUUAAAAGUGUAUCUAUAUCAUUCAGAGAGGAUGUCUGUGCGUGAGAGAGGGUGUGUUUGUGUGAGUGACUGUGUGUGUGUGUGUCAUCUAAAUGUGAUUAUAGAGUAAUUUCAAACCAUUCUAAAUGCUUUUGAG